GCGCCAGCGCCCGCGUCUUCUCCGCUGCUUGGCAGCAACUUGCUUUCUCUAAGAGCCAUGCUUCGAGUGAUUGUGGAAUCUGCCACUAACAUCCCUAAAACGAAAUUUGGGAAACCGGAUCCUAUCGUUUCUGUCAUCUUUAAGGAUGAGAAGAAGAAAACAAAGAAAGUUGAUAAUGAACUCAACCCGGUCUGGAAUGAGAUUUUGGAAUUUGACUUGAAGGGGAUACCACUGGACUCUUCAUCUUCCCUUGUGAUUGUUGUCAAAGAUUUUGAGACAAUUGGACAAAAUAAACUAAUCGGCACCGCGACUGUCUCCCUGAAGGACCUGACUGGGGACCAGAACAGAUCUUCACCCUACAAACAGAUACCCCUGCUAAACGAAAAGGGACAAGACACUGGGGCCACCAUUGACCUGGUGAUCGGCUAUAACCCACCUUCGGCUCUACACCCUAAUGAACUGAGCGGGACCAGCGUGUCAGGCAUGGGUGAAGAAGAGGAUGAAGAUCAGGAUGAAGACAGGGUAGAUGGCAUGGUCAGGGGCCCUGGACCCAAGGGGCCAUCUGGGACGCUGUCAGAGGCUCAGCUUGCUCGGAGGAUCACCAGAGGAAAGAGCAGCCGGCGGAUGCUGUCCAACAAGCCGCAGGACUUCCAGAUCCGAGUGAGAGUGAUUGAGGGCCGACAGUUAUGUGGCAACAACAUAAGGCCCGUGGUGAAAGUCCACAUCUGUGGUCAGACACACCGAACAAGAAUCAAGAGAGGGAACAAUCCAUUUUUUGAUGAGCUAUUUUUCUACAAUGUGCACAUCACACCUUCUGAACUCAUGGAUGAGAUCAUCAGUAUCCGGGUUUAUAAUUCCCAUUCCUUGAGGGCAGAUUGUCUGAUGGGGGAGUUUAAGAUUGAUGUUGGGUUUGUGUAUGAUGAACCUGGCCAUGCUGUCAUGAGGAAAUGGCUUCUUCUCAAUGACCCAGAAGAUGCCAGCUCAGGUGCCAAAGGUUACAUGAAAGUCAGCAUGUUUGUCCUGGGAACCGGAGAUGAACCCCCUCCUGAGAAACGAGAUCGUGAUAAUGACAGCGAUGACGUGGAGAGCAACUUGUUACUUCCAGCCGGGAUAGCCCUCCGGUGGGUAACCUUCUUGCUGAAGAUCUACCGAGCGGAGGACAUCCCCCAGAUGGACGAUGCCUUCUCACAGACGGUGAAGGAAAUAUUUGGUGGCACCGCAGAUAAAAAAAAUCUCGUGGACCCGUUCGUAGAAGUCUCGUUUGCUGGGAAAAAGGUUUGCACAAAUAUAAUUGAGAAAAAUGCAAACCCCGAAUGGAAUCAAAUUGUCAAUCUUCAGAUCAAGUUUCCCUCCAUGUGUGAAAAAAUAAAGCUAACAGUAUAUGACUGGGACCGGCUUACCAAAAAUGAUGUCGUUGGGACAACGUACCUAUAUCUCUCUAAAAUUGCCGCCUCUGGGGGAGAAGUAGAAGAUCUCUCCUCUUCGGGAACUGGGGCUGCAUCAUAUACAGCAAACACAGGAGAGACAGAGGUGGGCUUUGUCCCCACAUUUGGACCAUGUUAUCUGAACCUUUACGGAAGCCCCAGAGAGUACACAGGAUUCCCAGAUCCCUACGAUGAACUGAAUACAGGGAAGGGAGAAGGUGUAGCCUACAGAGGCAGGAUCUUGGUUGAACUGACCACUUUCCUUGAAAAGAAACCACCAGAAAAGAAGCUUGAGCCCAUUUCAAAUGAUGACCUUCUGGUUGUUGAGAAAUACCAGCGAAGGCGGAAGUACAGCCUGUCCGCCGUGUUCCAUUCAGCCACCAUGUUGCAAGAUGUCGGCGAGGCCAUUCAGUUUGAAGUCAGCAUCGGGAACUAUGGCAACAAGUUUGAUGCAACCUGUAAACCUUUGGCAUCAACGACUCAAUACAGCCGUGCAGUAUUUGAUGGGAACUACUAUUACUACUUACCCUGGGCCCAAACGAAGCCGGUGGUCACCCUGACUUCCUAUUGGGAGGAUAUUAGUCAUCGCCUGGAUGCAGUGAACACUCUCCUAGUCAUGGCAGAGCGACUGCAAUCAAACAUAGAGGCUGUGAAAUCAGGAAUCCAAGGCAAAAUUCCUGCAAACCAGUUGGCGGAGUUGUGGCUGAAGUUGAUAGAUGAAGUCAUAGAAGACACAAGAUACACCUUACCUGUCACAGACGGAAAAGCCAACGUCACGAUUCUGGAUACUCAGAUCCGAAAGUUGCGGUCCAGGUUUCUCUCCCAGAUACACGAGGCAGCUAUGAAGAUGAGAUCUGAAGCCACCGAUGUGAAAUCCACCUUGUUGGAAAUCGAGGACUGGCUUGAUAAAUUAAUGCAACUUACUGAAGAGCCUCAGAACAGUAUGCCCGACAUUAUCAUCUGGAUGAUCCGUGGGGAGAAAAGACUGGCCUAUGCACGGAUUCCUGCCCAUCAAGUCUUAUACUCCACCAGCGGUGGGAACGCAUCUGGAAAAUACUGUGGGAAAACCCAAACCAUCCUUCUGAAGUAUCCACAGGAAAAAAACAAUGGGCCCAAAGUGCCUGUGGAAUUGCGAGUGAAUAUCUGGCUGGGUUUAAGUGCCGUGGAGAAGAAGUUCAAUAGCUUCGCCGAAGGCUCCUUCACCGUCUUUGCUGAAAUGUAUGAAAACCAAGCCCUUGUGUUUGGGAAGUGGGGCACAUCUGGACUGGUGGGACGUCAUAAAUUCUCUGACGUCACGGGAAAAAUAAAACUCAAAAGAGAAUUCUUUUUGCCUCCCAAGGGAUGGGAGUGGGAAGGAGACUGGAUAGUCGACCCUGAAAGAAGCCUCCUGACUGAGGCCGAUGCAGGUCACACAGAGUUCACGGAUGAAGUCUACCAGAAUGAGACUCGCUAUCCGGGAGGCGAGUGGAAGGCAGCAGAGGACACCUAUACGGAUGCGAAUGGAGAUAAGGCAGCAUCACCCAGCGAGCUGACUUGCCCUCCAGGUUGGGAGUGGGAAGAUGACGCAUGGACCUAUGACAUAAAUCGAGCAGUGGAUGAGAAAGGCUGGGAGUAUGGAAUUACCAUUCCUCCUGAUAAUAAGCCCAAGUCCUGGGUUGCAGCAGAGAAAAUGUAUCACACCCACAGACGGCGGAGACUGGUCCGAAAACGCAAGAAAGAUUUGACCCAAACAGCUUCGAGUACUGCAAGGGCCAUGGAAGAGUUUGAAGACCGGGAGGGCUGGGAAUAUGCUUCGCUGAUUGGCUGGAAAUUCCACUGGAAACAGCGCAGUUCGGACACCUUUCGCCGCAGACGCUGGAGGAGAAAAAUGGCUCCUUCCGAAACACACGGUGCUGCUGCCAUCUUUAAACUUGAAGGUGCCCUUGGGGCAGACACCACAGAGGAUGGAGAUGAGAAGAGCUCGGAAAAGCAGAAACACAGUGCCACCACUGUGUUUGGAGCAAACACACCCAUUGUUUCCUGUAAUUUCGACAGAGUCUAUGUCUACCACCUGCGCUGCUACAUUUACCAAGCUAGGAACCUCAUGGCUUUGGACAAAGACAGCUUUUCAGAUCCAUACGCUCACGUCUCCUUUCUCCAUCGAAGCAAAACCACGGAGAUCAUCCACUCCACUCUGAAUCCCACCUGGGAUCAAACGAUUAUAUUUGAUGAGGUGGAAAUCUUUGGGGAACCCCAAACAGUUCUACAGAACCCACCCAAAGUUAUCAUAGAACUUUUUGACAAUGACCAAGUGGGCAAAGAUGAAUUUUUAGGUCGAAGUAUUUGCUCUCCUUUGGUGAAGCUAAACUCAGAAACAGAUGUCACCCCUAAGCUUCUCUGGCAUCCGGUCAUGAAUGGAGACAAGGCCUGUGGGGAUGUCCUUGUGACCGCAGAGCUGAUUCUAAGGAACAAGGAUGGCUCCAACCUUCCUAUUCUUCCCUCUCAACGUGCACCAAAUUUAUACAUGGUCCCUCCGGGGAUCCGGCCCGUGGUUCAGCUCACUGCUAUUGAGAUUCUAGCUUGGGGCUUAAGAAAUAUGAAAAACUACCAGAUGGCUUCUGUCACAUCCCCCAGUCUGGUGGUGGAGUGUGGGGGAGAAAGAGUCGAAUCAGUGGUGAUCAAAAACCUUAAGAAGACGCCCAACUUCCCAAGUUCUGUUCUCUUCAUGAAGGUGUUCUUGCCCAAGGAAGAACUGUACAUGCCUCCACUGGUGAUCAAAGUCAUUGACCACAGGCAGUUUGGGCGGAAACCUGUGGUCGGCCAGUGCACCAUUGACCACCUGGACCGCUUUCGCUGUGAUCCGUAUGAGGGAAAAGAGGACAUUGUACCUCAGCUAAAAGCCUCCCUUAUGUCUGCACCCCCAUGUCGGGAUGUCGUCAUUGAAAUAGAAGACACCAAACCAUUACUGGCUUCUAAGCUGUCAGAAAAGGAGGAAGAAAUCAUUGACUGGUGGAGUAAAUUUUAUGCUUCUUCGGGGGAGCAUGAAAAAUGUGGACAGUAUAUUCAGAAAGGCUAUUCCAAACUCAAGAUCUAUGACUGUGAACUGGAGGAUGUAGCUGAAUUUGAGGGUCUCACAGAUUUCUCAGAUACCUUCAAGUUGUACAGAGGCAAGUCCGAUGAGAACGAAGACCCGUCUGUGGUAGGAGAGUUCAAAGGUUCCUUCCGAAUCUAUCCCCUGCCCGAUGACCCCAGUGUGCCAGCUCCUCCCAGGCAGUUUCGGGAACUGCCUGACAGCGUCCCGCAGGAAUGCACGGUUAGGAUCUACAUUGUUCAAGGCUUAGAGCUCCAGCCCCAGGACAACAAUGGCCUGUGUGAUCCUUACAUCAAAAUAACCCUGGGCAAAAAAGUCAUUGAAGACAGAGACCAUUACAUUCCCAACACUCUCAACCCAGUGUUCGGCAGAAUGUAUGAACUGAGCUGCUACUUGCCUCAAGACAAAGACCUGAAAAUCUCUGUCUAUGACUAUGACACCUUCACCCGAGAUGAGAAAGUGGGAGAAACGAUCAUCGACCUGGAGAACCGCUUCCUUUCCCGGUUCGGGUCUCACUGCGGCCUUCCCGAGCAGUACUGUGUUUCUGGAGUCAACACCUGGAGAGAUCAACUGAGACCAACACAGUUGCUUCAAAAUGUAGCCAGGUUCAAAGGCUUCCCACCCCCAGUCCUUUCCGAAGACGGAAGCAGGAUCAGAUACGGAGGACGAGACUACCAUCUGGACGAAUUUGAAGCCAACAAAACCCUGCACCAGCACCUCGGGGCCCCUGAAGAGCGUCUUGCCCUCCAUAUUCUCAGGACUCAGGGGCUGGUCCCUGAGCACGUGGAGACAAGGACUUUACACAGCACCUUCCAACCCAACAUUUCCCAGGGGAAACUUCAGAUGUGGGUGGAUGUCUUCCCCAAAAGUUUAGGACCACCAGGCCCCCCUUUCAACAUCACUCCCAGGAAAGCCAAGAAGUACUUCCUGCGUGUCAUCAUCUGGAACACCAAGGACGUCAUCUUGGAUGAGAAGAGCAUCACAGGGGAGGAUAUGAGUGACAUCUACGUCAAAGGCUGGAUUUCCGGCAGCGAAGACAACAGACAGAAAACAGAUGUCCACUACAGGUCCCUGGAUGGCGAAGGCAAUUUUAACUGGAGAUUUGUUUUCCCGUUUGACUACCUCCCGGCUGAGCAGCUCUGUAUCGUGGCUAAAAAAGAGCAUUUCUGGAGCAUUGAUCAAACAGAAUUUCGCGUGCCCCCUCGACUGAUCAUUCAGAUAUGGGACAACGACAAGUUUUCGCUGGAUGACUACUUGGGUUUCCUGGAACUUGACUUACAUCACACGAUCAUCCCCGCCAAGUCAGCAGAGAAAUGCAGUUUGGACAUGAUCCCCGACCUCAAAGCCAUGGAUCCCCUUAAAGCUAAGACGGCUUCACUCUUUGAGCAGAAAUCCAUGAAAGGAUGGUGGCCGUGCUACACGGACAAAGACGGCUCCCGUGUGAUGGCUGGGAAAGUCGAGAUGACACUGGAGGUCCUCAACGAGAGGGAGGCAGACGAGAGGCCAGCCGGGAAGGGGCGGAAUGAACCCAACAUGAACCCCAAACUUGACCCACCAAACCGACCUGAAACCUCCUUCCUCUGGUUCACGAACCCUUGCAAGACUAUGCGCUUCAUCGUGUGGCGCCGGUUCAAGUGGGUGAUCAUCGGCCUGAUUCUGCUGCUCAUCCUGCUGCUGUUCGUGGCUGUGCUCCUGUACUCAUUGCCGAACUAUUUAUCGAUGAAGAUCGUGAGGCCAAACGCAUAAAGAAAGCAGAGCCUUCAAUCAGCAGCAAUGAAGAACUGCCUCACACACUGAAGUGUGAUUUCAAGACCAAGACCACCCCAGGUCGGUGUGUUAAAUACUUCACCAAGACUCGUCAGUUCCUAGCAGGUCUAAAUCCUAAAAGGUCAGAUAACAGUCUGCCUUCUUAUCCUGUUAUCUUUUUAAAGUAUUAAAAAACUUUAUUUUCUAAGUUUUAAGUCUGUUUUCUGAGCAUUUUUAAAGUGGCUGGUUCCAUUUUAAAAUUAUCUUUCUAUGUGCUUUCCAUUCUACGACUCGAGUUUGGGAAAUUACUGAAAUGAAUUUGAAAUGGUCUGUGUCUUCAUGUCAUAUGUUUCCUAUUUGUAAUCAAGAGAAAGAACCUCCAUUAUAAAAGGUAGAGGGAAUGGUUGGAACAGCUCUUAUUGGUGCUGCAGCCAUCGUUGUGGGAUUCCUUGCGGACAAAUGCCAUGAGAC